UCAUUUUCAGGGUGGAUCCCCAACAGACCCCUGUCCCUCCUCCUCUUCGGUUUCAAUUCAGUCAAAUCAUAGCGACUUGGCAGCUGGAGGUGCAUGCCUCUGCGAACCAGAGAGCAAUUGGCCUUUACUGUGGUCGCCUUUAAAAGUUUCGGACGGGAACAUCUGAGCGAGCCAUCUGUGACCAAAAUCGAUUAAGGUGUCGCACGCGGAGUCGCAGUUCCCGUAAAACACGUAGAAAUGGACGAAAAGGCGUUUACGAAGGAACUCGACCAGUGGAUCGAGCAGCUCAACGAAUGCAAGCAGCUGUCUGAGGGACAAGUGAAGACACUAUGUGAGAAGGCAAAGGAGAUCCUGACCAAGGAGUCAAACGUCCAGGAGGUGAGAUGUCCGGUGACGGUGUGCGGUGACGUGCACGGUCAGUUCCAUGACCUCAUGGAGCUGUUCAAGAUCGGAGGGAAAUCUCCAGACACAAACUAUUUGUUUAUGGGAGACUACGUGGACAGAGGGUACUACUCUGUGGAAACAGUCACUUUACUUGUAGCACUUAAGGUACGCUUCCGGGAGCGCAUCACAAUCCUCCGAGGGAACCACGAGAGCAGACAGAUCACACAGGUCUAUGGCUUUUAUGACGAGUGUUUAAGGAAAUACGGAAACGCCAACGUCUGGAAGUAUUUCACAGACCUGUUCGACUACCUCCCCCUCACCGCCUUGGUAGACUCUCAGAUUUUCUGCCUUCACGGAGGACUGUCUCCAUCUAUAGAUACGUUGGAUCAUAUUAGGGCCCUAGACCGUUUACAGGAGGUUCCACAUGAGGGCCCCAUGUGUGACCUGCUGUGGUCAGACCCCGACGACCGCGGCGGCUGGGGCAUUUCCCCACGAGGGGCCGGCUACACGUUCGGCCAGGACAUCUCCGAGACCUUCAACCACGCCAACCGCCUCACGCUGGUGUCUCGAGCUCACCAGCUGGUCAUGGAGGGCUACAAUUGGUGCCAUGAGAGGAACGUGGUCACAAUAUUUAGUGCCCCCAACUACUGCUACCGCUGUGGAAACCAGGCUGCUAUUAUGGAACUAGACGACACCCUCAAAUACUCCUUCUUGCAGUUCGACCCCGCACCUCGUAGAGGGGAGCCUCACGUAACCCGACGCACUCCAGACUACUUCCUGUAAACUCUGACCCUUCGACCCUUGUACAGUCUCGUCCAGUAUUUUCAUGACACGACUUUCGGGCGACAUCGGUGUGAAUGAGGAAUGGGAUGUCAGGGAAACCGUGGAGGCUUCACAGCAGUGCACAUUGUAUAUCCACACAAAGACCUAUUUAAGCAAUUUGCAAAAAGCAGUGUCCGUGUGUAUGGAUGGACCAAAUGGUGUGUGCCAUAAUCAUUACAACAGUCAUUGCUGAGGACUUGUUAUGAUAUUCCCCCUCCCCCAAAUAUUUAAACCACCAUCGGUGUUUAUACUCCUGAUUCUGCACAUGUAGCUGAUCUGAAGGCUCACAGGUCCAAGGCAAAUAAAAGAAAAAUACUGCUAUUUGAAAAGUGGCUGUCCCAAAGGACACGGCAUGUACUGAGAUCUGAACCUGAUCUGUUUGCACUUUUGUAAAUUUAAAGAUAUGUAACUUAUGUCAAAAGAUUUCACACUAUGUAUGUUUUUUUUUUUUCUUUUUAAAAAUUGCAAAUAAAGCCCCCAUCCGACAAGCUUUACACAAAGUUCCUUCCUGUGUUUAUGGUGUAUAACCUUCUCAUGCAGAUGGAGCUCGGUCUAUAUGAUGGAUGAUGGAACAUUAAUCCUCAUCAACUCACUGCUUCCCUCUGAAAUACAGACUCUGUAUAAACCAAACUAAAAUAAAGACAAAGGUGGCUUCUUUGA